AUGUUUCUUCACGGAUUGGGACCAGCGCUGUUGGUGGCUGCGGUGGGCCUUAGCGGCGUCGCGGGUGAGAACUCUCGUACAUUUUCUAUGCUGGAAUUGGAGCAUAGUCGAUCUAUCGCUCCCCCUGCACGGCCGUACAACCAGCUGGGUUCCACUCCGUCCAGCACCAAGUCCCAUUUGGGCUGCAAAUGCUUCCCUGGCGAUGAUUGCUGGCCGCGACAAUCAGACUGGAACAGACUCAACGCUACCGUCAAUGGUCGUCUAGUUGCAACUGUCCCUCUGGGCUCACCAUGCCAUUACCCUCAGUAUGACCCAGCCAAAUGCGCUGAUCUACGCGAUAAAUGGCUCUACGCUCCGAUACACUAUGCCUCCUCCUCGUCCGUCAUGGCGCCCAUAUUUGCCAACCAGAGCUGUGAUCCCUUUCAGCCUCGGGAAGGUUCCUGUACACUGGGUAACUAUGUGCGGUACGCCGUCAACGCGACUAGCGCCAGUGACAUUAUGUCUGCGCUUGCUUUUGCCAAGGAACACAAUAUCCGAUUCGUGAUUCGAAAUACGGGACAUGAUUUUCAAGGCCGAUCAACUGGUGCUGGUGCCCUAUCUGUGUGGACGCACUAUAUGAAGCAUAUCAAGGUACUGAACUGGAAUGAUACUUAUUAUAAUGGCAAGGCACUUGAAGUUGGUGCUGGCGUGCAGGGCUUCGAGGUGAUUGAGGCGGCACAUGCUGCUGGUCUUGCCGUAGUUUCAGGUGAGUGUCCGACUGUUGGUCUGGCUGGAGGGUACACGCAAGGUGGCGGUCACUCUGGUCUCAGCACCGUCUUUGGCCUGGGUGCUGACAAUACUCUCUCGUUUGAUGUUGUCACGCCGACCGGUCAGCUUAUGACGGCCUCACGUACUGAGAACCAGGAUCUAUACUGGGCUUUAAGCGGAGGUGGCAGCGGUAACUAUGGUAUUGUCGUUUCCCUGACUGUCCGGGCACAUCCCGACUCUAUGGUUAGCGGCGCCGAGUUUAUCAUUUCGGCCUCCGGAGAUAAGUUGUACAACGUUGUUGAUGCCUUCCACGGCGCUCUGCCUAAGAUUGUUGACUCCGGCGUUAUGGUUCUAUACUUCUUUGGUAAAGGAUUCUUGCAGCUUUCAGCUAUGACGGCGUAUAAUAAGACCCGGGCCGAGGUGGAGCAGAUUCUUCAGCCUUUUGUCGAUUCCCUGGAUAAUAUUGGAAUUGCGUUAGCGCCUAACCUUACCGAAUAUCCGAACUACCGUCAGCACUAUAACCAUUACUGGGGACCUCUCCCCGUGGGCAAGACUCAGGUUGGCAACACGCUCUUUGGUGGCCGCCUGAUCCCGCGCUCUGUGCUACCUGAAUUCUCUCCGACUGCCCGUAAACUCAUCGACUUGGGCGUUACCGUUAUCGGCGUGGGUCUCAACGUGUCUCAUUUUGGCCUGGACAAUGUCAAUGCUGUGCUGCCUCAGUGGCGUAACUCGAUAGUCCACGCCGCACUUACGCUACCCUGGAGUUUCCAGGCGUCAUUCGAGGACAUGGUUGCCCAACAGGACAGGAUAACGAAUGAAAUCCAACCCGUUAUUGAGGUUACUACGCCAGGUGCUGGCGCGUAUAUCAACGAGGCUGAUUUCCAGCAGAAGGACUGGCAGGAGACCUUCUUCGGAUCAAACUACCCGAAGCUGCUGAAAAUUAAGCAAAAGUAUGAUCCGGACGGCAUUCUCUACGAUCGGAUUGCCGUGGGCAGCGAGAAAUGGACUAUCCACACCGAUGGGAGGAUGUGCCCAAGCGGGUAG